AUAUACAUAUAUAUAUAGAUUUAUAUUUAUUUUCUCAUACUUAUUUAAGUAACAAAACAAUUUUUUCCUCAAAAUGAUCCGGCUAUUAACUGUUAUCAUAUAUAUGUUUGCAAUCAGUUCAAAUGCAAAUCCACAUGGUUAUUUGAAAAGUGAAGUACCUGAAGCAGUAUUAGAUUCAAAUUCAUUUAUUGAUAAUAGUCCAUAUUAUUAUCAAAGAUCACAUAUUCCUAAAUGGUGGAAAAUAAUGAAUGAAAAACGUUGGUUUCCUAUCAAAGAAUUUCGUGGUGGAUUAAUGGAAGUUUAAUUAAUUAAAAUCUAUUUCAUAAAUGUUAAUUUCUAUAAGUUAAACAUUAAAAAAAAAUAAUUAAAUAAAAUUAUUCUUGCAAGUGA